AAGCAGUCACAAACCUGGAGAAAAGGAAUAGUUCUUAUUGAAGCUUAAUGUGCAUACACAGGUGUUAUCCUUUCUAUGUUCAGUUCUGAACUGCCCAUAUACCAAAGAACCCUUUCUUAAAACAUUGUACCUAGACUUCUAACCCAAGGUCAGCACAAAGAUAAACUGUCUCUUAGGCCCUGGUAAAUGCAUACCUAUACACAAUGUAUGUCUGGUGAGGAGGUUUUCAUUAAUACACUAGCCUUGAGAAAUUUGAGGGUUUUUACAUUUUCUGAAGAAACUUUAAGCCUGAAUACCCAUGCCGAAAUUCUCCUCAUUGAGGUGAGAAUUUUGAAAUGUCACAUGUCUAUUUUGUUGUACUUUUGUGAUUCCACUUAUUUUGGUGGUUAACUUGCACUUGACAUCACUAGAAUACCCAUAAUGCAAUUCUCCUCAUUGAGCUGAGUGUUUUGAUAUGUCACGUGCAAAUUAACCCUUAAAAUAAGUGGAAUCACAAAAGUAGCGCAACACGAACAUGUGACAUAUCAAAGUACAUAUCUCGUGAUUUCAGUAAUUACAACAAUAUGAAGGUAGAUUUACCUGCCUAAUCUGUUACCACAACAGAAGCGCACCCGGUGAUUCCCCUAUGAUUUGUUGUAAAGUUAUCCUAUAGUAAGUUACUAUAUGUUUAAUUCUCGCCAAUUUCCUGACCAAUGAUUUGUUGUUAGGACCAUUAAAAGCUUAAUAUUUUGCCAUUUUGGGCUUGGCCCUUUUUUUUUUUUUUUUGCCCAUGAGUGUAGAUAAAUACUCCUCCUCCUCCUCCUCCUACUACUACUACUACUACUGUGAUAUCUUUCAGUGCAUUCUGAGUUUUCACCUUGUAAUUACGAAUUUGUCAAAAACGUUAACUUGUUUUCCUUGUCAAAAAUAUGUGAUUAUGGUAAUACGAACUUGGUGUGAAUGAUCAGUUACGCCUGCAUUGUUGUCUGUUACCGUGACAACAGAGGCGCACCCCGUGAUUCUCCUGUUGCUGUACAACCGACAUAUUUAAAACGUAUCCUAUACCAGUGACCUAUGUGAAAUGUACAUGCAAUUAUGGACAAACUAGGUUAAUUAGUAAAUCAGAUAAACUAAUUAUUCAAACUAAAGAGGAAUUCCGACAUCAUUACUCAUUGAUAGCUUUUGCAACCUCAAGGUACAAAUCACUGGAACUACUGUCUGAGUUGUGUGGACGCAUAAAGUGAAUCCACAACUUCUGACCAAUUAUAUGCCAGAGGAUCUUGAAGCUUUGUCCAGAAUCUCUGAGAAGUAUCCUGUGAAGAAAUCUUCUGAAUGUGCAGCCAGAUUUAGGGAGCAAGGGAAUGUGAGCUUUAAAGAGAAGGAUUACACAUCUGCUGCCCUAUAUUACACUCAGGGUGUGUGUCAUGCUGAAAAGAAUACAGAACAUCUGUCUUUAUGCUAUGCCAAUCGUUCAGCUGCUUUGUUUCAUCUUGGUCUCUACACAAAAUGCCUGGAGGACAUCCAGCAGGCCUUUGCUGAGGGUUACCCAAGUCACCUACAGUGCAAACUGAUGGACAGAGAGAAACGGUGUACAAGUUUGGUUAAAAUCCAGGAAUCUAUGAAAGCAUCUCAUUCUAAGCAUCAGACACCACAAUCCAACAAGAAUAUGGGUAGUAAUACCAAUGUCUCAUCUGCUGUGUCUGUUCACUUUACUCCUGAAAAGGGACGCCAUCUGUUGGCCACUGAAAACAAGUCAGCAGGGGAAAUGGUGAUUGAAGAUGAGGCCUUCAGCUUUGUACUUAUACCUGCCAAUACACAGUACAAGAAGAGUGGCAAAGCCAGUGUAUUCACAACAGAGCCCAGACACUGCCACCACUGUUUGUGUGAGAAUUUUAACUCUGUACCAUGUCGGGGCUGUAGCUAUGCCCAAUAUUGUGGACAGAGAUGUGAAAUGGAGGCAUGGAAGCAGUACCACUGCUGGGAGUGUUCAGUUGGUUCAGAGCUACUGGCUCUUGGGCUGUUUGCACAUUUGGCCCUGCGAGUGACUCUAAAAGCUGGGAUAAAGGAGGUCCAGAAGGCAAGAGAGAGUUGCUUUAACUUGGUUUAUGAUGUCCCAAAUGCAACCUAUGUUAAUAGUGAUGGGAAGUCUUACAAUUGCAAGCCUUGCUCCAGUGGGGGGGCAUUUGACAGUCUGGGCUUGGUGUCAGAACUGAAUGUAAGAGGACCACAGAUGUCUAACAAAAGCUCUCAAGGUUUUAAUCAUUCAAGCUGUUACCAUGGAAAGUCAUACCUGGGUGUCUAUAGUCUGUUACCGCAUGUGGGGAAACAUAACCCUAACUUGUGCUUCCUGUUCGCGUUCACCAUGGCAGCACUCAAGCAGAGACUUUCACUAGAAGUGCCACCAUGCCAUGAUCAGGAAGAAGGGAGUGUGUGCUGGGGGUCUGAGAAGAGCCUGCUAGGAGCUACAGCUCUGAGGCACAUGCUGCAACUCCAGUGUAAUGCACAGGCUGUGACUGCAAUCAAAGUCCAAGAGGAUACCUGCCUACCAGUACAGUCCAGUAAAGAAGUCCGCAUUGCCACUGCAUUGUUCCCCAUCCUCAGUCUGCUCAACCACUCCUGUCAGCCUAACACGAGCAUCUCCUUCAGUCUGGGCCUCAGUUUUUCUGGCUCUUGUAGUCCAGUGUAUUUUGCUUCAGGAGUUACAGUAAAAGUCAGAGCAUGCAGAGACAUUGCUGCAGGGCAGGAGCUGUUGCACUGUUACGGUCCUCACUGUAGUAGAAUGGAUGUUGAGAAGCGCCAGCGCCUGUUGCUGAAGCAGUACUUCUUCCACUGUCAGUGUGAUGCUUGCAAGCUGGAGCUAGCUGAGAGAAGGACAUUACCAUUAACCUUUAAUGGUCUUAAGUGUGAAAAAUGUGGAAGCUUCCUUAAGGUGAGUGUGGAUGUGCAUGUGUGUUCACAGUUGUCCUGUGAUCACCACAUUUCAAAUACAGAGCUGCAGAGAAGAAUGCAAAUACUACAGCACCACUUGGAGCAAUCUUUAGAACUCAUGGAGAACAAUCAAAUAAAUGGUGCCCUAAGUAUCUUGCAGAAAGCAGUCAAUCUGGCAGACAGUAUCUUAAUGAAGACACACCCUUUGCAGGGCAAACUAGCUGAUGCAAUGGCUCGAGCAUAUGCUACCAUGGGGCUUUGGAGGCAGGCUGCAUCACAUUUAAAAAGUAGUAUUGCUGCCGUUUGUUUGCAGUAUGGGAAAGACAGUGUGGAGCUCGGGAGACAGCAGUUUAAACUUGCUCAGCUACAUUUCAAUGGAGGAGAUGGGUCAUCUGCUCUUUCAGUAAUUCCUUUAGCCCGGCGCCUGAUCUCCCUCCAUUGUGACCCUCACUGUAAGGAGCUGCAGGAGCUUCAGGCUAUGGAGGCCUGCCUAAUAUGAUGUUCAGUCCCUCCUCUGUUUUAGGAAUGAACAUAAUAUUGUUUAAAAUGUUUUUUUGAUACAUUUAAGUAUUAUUUUGAAAUAUUUAUAGUUUAUGCUUGAGUGUUUUACAAAUAGAAUACUUGUACUCUUACCUAAUUACAUUCAACAGAAAACAUACUUUUUAGUCCUUACAGUUUGACCUUCAAAGCACUCAAUACAAAUCUGAAAGGUCUCUUUUACUCAGGCAGUGACUGUAUGCAGUAUAUCAAUUGAAUAGACUCCUAUGCAUCUUAAUUACAUUUCAGCUUAGCAUCCAAUUAUGUUAAUCAGUGUAGGGAAAAAACUAUCAAGAAUUGUGCCAAUUCUACUAAAUCACCCAGUGAAAACCAUGCCCAGUCUCUGCCAUGACAAUCUGAAUCUCCCUGUUUUGUCUGUAGUGAUCUGUCAGUUGUAAUUACAAAAUCAUUCACCUAAAAUGUGUUAUUUACAGUGGGAUGGUGAACUUGUAUAUUAGUUUCUAGCAUAAGUUUGCUAUGCAGCUAUAGGUUGCACACUCAUUACCUCUUUGUAGAUUAUGUUUGUAAAUAAAGUGCACAGUGUAUAAAAUGUGUUUUUGUGAGUUGGGAUUUACUAUUAAUCAGGAGUAUCAAUUAACAUUUUAUUUAAACAGUGGUGAUUAAAAAUUACACCUGUGUUCAUGCACUUAGGCUUCUAGGUUUGUUCUUAGGCAAUUGAUUUUAAAAGUGCUUCUGUACAACUGUAAAUAAAGCAUGUUUUUGUUUUCUUUGA